AGAUUGUUAGUGAAUUUUCAUCAAUUUUUGUGAAGUUGUGGGAAUGAAUGGAAGUGAAUUAGGUGUAGGAAGUAUGAAAAUGGAGGUAAUAGAGAAGGAGAAAUUAGUGUAUAUGUGGGGGUAUUUACCGGGAGCUAUGCCGCAGAGGUCGCCGUUGUUGUCUCCGAUUGUUGUGGGAGUUCCACAGCAGGGGAUUGUUAAUGCAGGAAAUUACUCAUGGAAGGAUGUAUGUGGUGGUGGUUGUGGAUUUGCUAUGGCUAUUUCAGAUUCUGGAAAGAUCAUUACAUGGGGUUCAACUGAUGAUUUAGGACAAUGCUAUGUGACAUCAGGGAAACAUGGAGAAAUUCCGGAGCCUUUUCCCCUUCCUGAUGAAAUUUCUAUAGUAAAAGCCGCAGCGGGUUGGGCACAUUGUGUUGCUGUUACAGAAACUGGAGAAGUUUAUACAUGGGGGUGGAAGGAAUGCAUUCCUUCUGGAAAGUUUCUUGGGGAGCAAGCCGUAGACAAGGAGGUAAGCGACGGGCAGAGUUCAUUUCCGGCACAGCAAGUAAGCCGUCACCCCCAGGGAUCGAGAUCCAAGGUUGGAGCAGCAGCUGGUAUAGAGACUAGAGGGGGAGAGGAUAGUGCAAAACGUAGACGGGUAUCAUCAGUGAAGCAACCAGCUGAGAGUUCAUCCCCAGGUGAUGAAGGUCCCUCAGCAUUGCCAUGUUUAGUCACACUGAAUCCAGGGCUGCGGAUUGUCAGUGUAGCAGCUGGUGGGCGGCAUACACUAGCAUUAUCAGAUAUAGGACAAGUGUGGGGUUGGGGCUAUGGGGGGGAAGGACAGCUUGGCCUAGGCUCCAGGAUUCGAAUGGUGUCCUCCCCACAUCCUGUGCCAUGCAUUGAUUCUUCUUCUUUGCGGAAAGACAGAGCUAUGGGCCUUUCUCAUGGAUGUCAGGGGUCAGAGGGACAAGGCCUCAGAGUUCCUGGGAAUUACAUCAAGAGAAUUGCCUGUGGGGGCCGACACAGUGCAGUAAUUACAGAUGCUGGAGCACUGUUAACUUUUGGUUGGGGAUUGUAUGGACAGUGUGGUCAAGGGAGUACAGAUGAUGAGUUAAGUCCCACGUGUGUAUCUUCAUUACUUGGCAUCAGGAUAGAAAGUGUAGCUGCAGGGCUCUGGCACACUGUAUGUAUUUCUGCUGAUGGUGAUGUAUAUGCAUUUGGAGGGAAUCAAUUUGGGCAGUUAGGCACUGGCGCCGAGCAGGCUGAGACACUACCUCGGCUCCUGGAUGCUCCAAGUUUGGAAAACAUGCAUGUGAAAGUUGUAUCUUGUGGAGCACGUCAUACUGCCGUAGUCACAGGUGAUAGCAAAGUAUUCUGCUGGGGGUGGAACAAGUAUGGUCAGCUUGGACUGGGUGACGUGAUCGAUCGAAAUAUUCCAUCCCAAGUCUCAAUGGAUGGUCAUGUACCGAUAAAUGUCGCUUGUGGAUGGUGGCACACACUUCUACUAGCUGAAUCACCUACUUGAACUAUUACUCAUCUUAUUGAUGCAAAUUCACCAGUUUUGCUAGGUUAGGUGCCUUUGGUUCUCUAUUCAAGAUAUGAUAUAUGCAUAUGGUACAUAUAGUAGUUUGCUUGCAUAUAUAUACUAGCAUGGAGUCAAAUUCUUUAGUUGCAAGAAUAAGGUGGUCAUCGUCAUCCUACCAAGGCAGCAACAUGCAAAGAAAGAUAUCGUCUACCUAUUGUGUCAUGUCAAUUUAGGAUACAGUGUAAAUCCUCUUCGCUACUGGAUUUUCUGAUGUAUCGAAGAUACUCUGGUAUUGUUUGUUAGAGCAGCAACUAUUAUAGCUUUUGGGGGUACUCUUUUCGAGUUCAGAUGUUGUUAGACUGUUGUAAUUUAUCAAUUUUGUGUCUCUGAUGUUUUAGAGUUUGUGCAUGUAUAUAAUGGUGGUUUGAAAA